AUGAGUACUACCCAAUCAUAUCCCACCAGUUGUGCUGAUUUUAAUACAAACCAUUGUGGAAAUAACAAAUGUCGCAUACACAAUCAGCUUUAUGGGCCAAAACCAUUUUGGGUCGCAUGUGAAGGUGGUGGUUGGACUGUAAUCCAAAGACGCAUUAAUGGCUCCGUAGAUUUCUAUCGCGAUUGGUCUGAAUACAAGGAUGGCUUCGGUAGUAUUGAUGGAGAAUUUUUUAUCGGCUUAGAUAAAUUACAUGCUUUAACGACUACACUCCAACCCAUGGAACUGUUGAUACAACUACGAGACUUUAACGAUUCUUCGACCUAUGCCAAAUAUGAUGAAUUUGUUGUUGGUAAUGAAACGGACAAUUAUAUAUUAAGUAAGGUGGGUAAAUAUUCUGGCAAAGCUGGAGAUUCAUUUAGCUAUCAUCAGGGAUUUAAAUUUACUACCAGAGAUCGUGACAAUGAUCGUAACGAGUUUAAUUGUGCCAAGUCGUGUCAAGGAGCAUGGUGGUAUGCAACAUGUUUCCAAAGUAAUUUAAAUGGUAAAUACUACGAUAACGAGGAUACGGCUAAAAGCAAAUAUGGCAUCUGUUGGAAUCAAAUUAAUGGUUGCGAUUAUGUUUUAAAAUAUGUUCAAAUGAUGAUUAGACCUAAAAAAUAGAAAUUAAAACUAAACAUUAGUUUUAAUUUCAAAAUCAUUUUGUUUUCUUAUUUAAUUAUAACAUACGUUUUUAAAAAAUUUUAAUUAUUUUGUUAAAACUCCAACAGCUGAAUACUGCUUCUAAAACUACUGAUUUUGAGCGAUAUGUGUUUUCGAAUCAAUAACAGUUGAAUAUACAGAGUGUUUUUUAUAGAGGAGGACAGCUUUAAAUUGAAAUACAACAGAGAAAAACGUUUUUAUUGGAUAUAUGUAUGACUAUGACUGUUUAGCUUUUAUUUUGAAACAUUUGUAAAUUUAUUCAAAGAAUUUUCAAUAUACAUACAUA